AUUAUCAGCUGUGGUGUAAGUUUAAGGCUAUGUCGAUUUUCCGUAAAUAUUUACAAUUUCUGUAUGGUUGGGGAAAGUUAAACAAGUGUACUUCACAACAUUAAAAAAGUGUUUUUCAUUUUUUAAGCAUAUGUGAAAAUACCAAUAUUACAAUGGAAAUAUCACAACCAAACAUGGAGUUCUCAGAGGUGUUAUCUUUACCUUGUAACACCAUAACACCAGAAAAACUAUCACAACUGUUUAAAACUCUAUCAGAAAGAAAUAGUACAUUUCAAAUAAUUAAUUUAAGUGAAUUACAAAAUAAUGGUGAUGAUUUAAUUAUAAUAAAUAAUAAUGAUCAAUCUGAUGCCCCAACAAUUGAAGUUGCCAAACCAGAUAAUGAAGAAAAUAUUCAGACAACCACUGCCCAACUAGCAAAAACUGAAACUAAGACAGUGAAAAGAAAAGAACCUCCAAUUAAAUGCCCUUUAUGCAAAAAGGUAUUUGAUAAAGUGUCUAGAUAUUGCUUUCACAUGAAGAAACAUCAAAGUCCCAAAAAGUUCCAAUGCAAGUUUUGUACUCAAAGCUAUAACAAGGAAGUCAAUUACAAAAUUCAUAUGACUUUACACAAUACAGGAACUCCUAUGUGUCCAAUUUGUGAUAGAAAAUUCCAAAGAGUUGCCAGCCUAAAGGCACAUUUAGUUGUGCAUGAAGUUGACGAGAGUUUUAGUUGCAUACAUUGUAAGGAUGAAUUUGAAAAAGAAGAUGAGUUAUAUAGACAUUUAGAGAUUCAUGAAGGUGAAGUUAUUGAUAUCUCUCAAAAUGAUGUACCUUUGAGGUGCAACUAUUGCAAUUAUGUAUUUAAUGAUGUUGACAAGUAUAAGAGACACAUACAACUUCACAUUCAGGCUAAGAAGAUAGUUAAUAGUGGAAGAAGUCGAAUGAAACGCAGAGGCAGAACGCGAGAAUACGCUCAUAAAUGUAAAGAUUGUGUAAAAAGCUUCCCAAAAUUAUGCUUGCUAGAGAGACAUCAGAGAACACACACGGGUGAGAAACCGUUUUUGUGCACUAUUUGUAAACGAGGUUUUUCGCAAAAGAGCGCCCUUAGCAUACAUAGCAAGCGCCACGAAGGAAACAAACCGCAUGCAUGUAUGUUUUGUCCCGCAAAAUUCGUGCAAAAAGGUAAUCUCAUAGCGCAUCUAGAAAAAACUCACUCAUCAAAUGAACCAGAUGAAAAAGUUUACAAAUGCACGCAUUGCACAUGCGUCUUCAAGAAGAUAUCGUCAUUAAACGGCCAUGUAACACGCCUCCAUUCAGAUUGUGUUCAAGACAGUGGAGAUAUCAUGAACGUAAUGUCGCAAUUGAAAGAAUUGGAGCGACAAUCUGGGCACCAACCUGCAACACAAAAACAGAAUAUUAUUGAUGCGCCUGUUCAGAGUACAGAAACUAAUCAGUCGCAGGCCCAAGAAAUAAUUAAUACGCCGCAGAUUUCCUAUGUUAAGAUUGCAGACAGUAGCAUUAAUGGUAAUUUAAGGAUGUAUGAAAUUAAACAAAGAACGGUUGGUGAACAUAGAUGGUACUUGUGUUCUGUUUGCAACAAAGAAUUUAAAAAACCAUCAGAUUUGAUACGACAUAUGAGGAUACAUACCAAAGAAAAACCAUAUAAAUGUCCUAAAUGUGACUUAUCAUUUGCUCAAAAAUCCACAGUUAACAAUCACCUCGCCACACAUAGUAAAAACGAGUUUGUAUGUGCGUUUUGCAAGAAAAACUUUGGAUCAGUACGCUCACUAAAUGUACAUUUAAAGAAACAUGAACAAUCUGCAGUUGCACGUAAAAAUCACUCCUACAAAUGUUCUGGAUGUGACAAAACCUUCGAUACACUUGAGUCAGCAAACUUGCACAUGAAAUUACACGAAGUACCUGAUGAUGGCGGUAUAAUUCUGCUUGAAAAAGAACCACAGGUUGAAAUGUUGCAACCACUGAUUGAAACUGACCAAGGAUUAUUUUCCAUAGCACCUCCGAAACCCAAAAUUCCGCUAGCAACACUCGACGAAUACAAAGAUAGACCAUUUAAAUGUCACAUUUGUAAUGCGGCCUUUAUACGUGGUGCUCAUUUGAAGAAACACAUGGCGUGCCACUGCAUUAAGAAGGAAUUUACGUGUUCAAUUUGUUUAAAGCAAUUUGUUACACACUCUGCUUUAAAAGAGCACUUAAUGUACCACAAACGAUCAAAAAAUCAUUCUUGCCCCGAGUGUAAAAAGGCAUUUAUGAAUGCGAGUAUGUUACAGCGCCAUAUCACGUCACAUAAACUUGUGAAACCUUUUCUAUGCCCGUAUUGUAAAAAGCGAUUUAGGGCAAAGGAACAUUGUCGAAAACAUAUUGCAAGGCAUAAUAUAAAUGAAUCUACAACAAUCAUUGAAAAUAAUGAAAUUUCCCAAAUUGAAAAUAUACCAGAGACGUCAGAUCAGAAUAUUCCGGACGAUAAUUUGAUUACUUUCAAUUCAUUAGUGGGAGAUGGUUUAAACAGUGUUAUAAAUUUAGAAAACGUAAAUUUACCUGAAAGUACUGAACGUUUAAAGACGGAUACCACGACAGAACAUGCAAAAUAUGAGAACAUACCGCAAAUUCAUAUACAAGAAGGAAGACAAUGGUAUUACAAUAUAGAUGACAUUCAUUUAUUGGAAAACGCAGAUGUUAAUGGACUAGAAUCACAAAUGAAACUACCAAAUUCCGAUUCUAUUUUGCUCAAUCAAGUUUCAGACCUCCAAGAAGCAACAAAGUAUGAUCUCACAUCUGCGCCAAAUUUUUUUGUUAGUCUAGAUGGCCCUAUGAGUAUAAGCAAUGAAACAACGUUCAAUCCAAACUUGAUCUUUAAUUCAUCAUACAAUGGGGUUGAUCAUCCAUCUUCGCUUCCAAUGACAAUCUUGCCUGACACUGGUACAUCGAUGAUAAACUCGAUUGUACCCGUCACUUUAGUAACGGAAAAUGCGGAAAUUAAAAAUGAUACUGUUACAAAAGAUAUCAAUUAUUUUAAUAUAUCACUUCGGGAUUUCUUGGAUGUACGGCCGAUGAAUUCACAGGAGGAACUUGCAGAUGAUACACCGGAAUAUGUUUGCUCUAAAGAUAAUAUUGAGCAGCAAACAAUUGAAGUUAGUAAUGUAGAUGUAGUAGAAAAGGAAAACGCCAUUGAUACGCCUGUGGAAUAUUCAUGCCCGAAGUGUUUCAAGCAAUUUAAUGAUGAACAUAGGGUGAUUAGGCACAUUUCUGCGAAACAUAAAAGUUUUGUUGAUCAUACCUGUAAGUUUUGCCCAAAGAAAUUCAAAAAGAAAUCGGAUAUGGAUAGACAUCUCAGAACCCAUACAGGAGAAAAACCGUUCACGUGCACGAAGUGCGAGAAAGCAUUCGCAAUCAAGUCCACACUUAUGUCACAUCUUCGCACGCACAAUCCUAAUGACAUCAAACCGUUCCCAUGUCUUGUAUGUAAUUCGCGUUUUGGUUCCGCAAAAAGUUUGAAAACACACAUGCAGACGCACGUGGACAAAGCGCCGUUUCGAUGCGAUAAGUGUACCAAAACGUUUAAACGCCGCCAUCAUAUGGUGACUCAUAUGCAAUCACACGAGAAUAAAACGAAGAAGUUGACAAAAAUGGACGCGGUUACUUUUCUGCAAACGUUUGUGUAUGAAACCAACGACAAAAUCCAUGAAGAACAGCAACAAGCCGUUGAAGCGGCCCCAGAAGAAGUGAUACCAACAGCGAAUUUAUUUACUGAUGAGAUACCAGGAUUUGGGGACAAUAUAGAUCCAGUUACUAUUAGAGUUACCUACAAUCAACCAAUUUCCUUUACGAUUGAGGAUAGUAAUAAUAUUAUUCCUAAUGAAAAAGGGGAAUAUUUCGUUGCGGAACCUGAGUUGAAUCAAGUGUCAGCAAAGGACAAGAAAUUUCAAUGUGAUGUUUGCCUGAAGUAUUAUGUCACAAAUUCAGUUCUUCGAAAGCAUAAGAGGACAUUGCACGGAGAACACAAGUGUGAUAAGUGUAACAAAGCCUUCAGCACGAUACCGCUACUACUCAAACAUGACAGUGUUCAUGGCGGAGAUCGGCCAUUUAACUGUACUCAGUGUACGAAUAGUUUUUCCUCUGAAGCUAAUCUAAAAGUUCAUUGCAAGAGAAUGCACACCGGAUUGGACAUGGAAAGUAUUGUUACGUUUUAAUAUUUUAAUUAUCAGGAAUAAUUUUUUUUGUACAUUUUGAAAAUAAACUUGUUUUUAUAUUA